AUGGCCACUUCCGACCCCUCCACAUCCACCUCGAAUCCUUCACCCCGAAAACCAGCUUCGGCGCCUGAGAAGAAAUACAAAUGUCAAUUCUGUAAUCGUGCUUUCAGCCGGAGCGAGCACCGCAGUCGGCACGAGCGAUCGCACACCAAAGAACGACCAUUCAAGUGUGCCAAGUGCCGCAGUACCUUCGUCCGUCGCGAUCUCCUCCUGCGCCAUGAUCGGACUGUACAUGCAAAAGAUGGUGGCGUGCCUCUCGUUUCCGAGGGUCGAAAAAGAGGCGGCACCAAGUCGUCGCCAACAGAGGGACCAUCUAAGCCAUCGAUCAAUGUUGAUCCAGGCACACUGGAGCAGAUUGAGGCAAGCAGUGAUGGUAUGGUCGAUCUUGAAACUGCCGCCAUGUUGAUGACAAAUUUCCAACACAAAGCCGCUGCAGCAGCCAACGGUCAUCUGAACGACGCCGAGAACUCCCUUCCAACAUAUUCCCCCGACCGUGGCUCUAUGCUUGAACCCUCGAUAGAGUACCUCUCCGGUGCGGCGACGUUGCCGCAGAUGCCAUGGGAUACGUUCAUGUCUCAGGCACCUCAAGACCAUAAAUCUCACUCGAUGAGCUCCAGCAUGUCGUCUCAAGAUACCAGCAUGUCGCAGCAGCCUUUUGUCAACAUGGGCACUAUCCAACCUCACCAGACCCAACUUCCCCCUAUCAUGGAAAGGCAAAGCUCACUGAAUAGUGCGCUUGCCCCCACCUUCCCAUCAUUGACUGAUUCUUUUCCAGUAUCUGGAAGUCCUACACCCAAUGCGUUAUCACCAUUUCCCUCCAUGACAGGUCCCGUCUCGCCAGUGAACUAUCGCCGGUCACCCGGCCCUAGUCAGGCAUUGACACUCCCAAAAGCACCACAAGUGGCGGAUGAAAACGAACGAAAUGCUAUCGCGGCUCAGAUUGUGAAUGAAGACAUUGACUUGCCUCCAACAGAUGCAAUCAACCAACACCUAUCGACGUAUUUCAACCUUUUUCACCAUCAUCUACCAUUCCUCCAUCCGGAGUCAUUCACACCAGGUAUCGUAGAACCGGCACUCCUCCUCGCUGUGCUCUCGAUCGGUGCUCUGUAUAACUUCGACCCUGCGCAAGCAUACUUGUUACAUCACGGCUCAAAGAAACUUGUCAAUCAGUUCCUCCAGAAUAAAGACAACUUUGACUCUCGAAAAUGUCCGUUAUGGACCAUGCAGAGUACAUUGCUAAACAUGAUCUUCGAAAGCUGGAGUGGUGGACCGGGCGGUCUUGAAUGGGCAUGCUCGAUCAAAAGCCUGUUGGCUAAUAUGGUCGCUGGGAAUAAAUACGAGCUGAAACUCCGAACUGAUGCCCGAGGUGGUGUUCCACCCAGUCAUCAGGAGUGGAUUGAAGACGAAGGGUGCCGGCGGACCUAUUUCGCAGUGUAUAUCUUUUUUGGCAUGCUGACAUUGACGUUCAAUCACACACCUGCCAUCAGCUUCAACGAAUUCGACUCCUUAGAACUACCCUCUUCCGAAUCGCUCUGGAAUCUUGAGACUUCUGACGAGGACUCCUGGCGGGAAAUCUUCUCUGCAUCGACAUUCGUUACAGUACGAGAAGCACACGACAGCCUGUUUCGUGGUGAAUGCACUCGUUACAGCGCUUUUGCUACUCGAAUCAUGAUCAAUGCAUUGUUUCUGGAAGUCUGGAAUUUGAAACGGAGUUUUGAGACCCUCCAGGACGUUGUGCUGGAAUGGAAGAUUCGAAUAGCUUUGGAGACAUGGGAACGCUCAUUAGACCUCUGUGAGCCAGAGACCAUCGUCGUACCGCUUAGUACCCCACACAAGAGCCACCCGUUGAUUUUCAACGCUAUGGCUGUCUACCGAAACACCCGCGCCCGCCUUGAGGUCGAUCUUAAGUCUGUCCAAGAGGCACUGCGUUACCACAAUUCUUACGAGGUUGCUGCAGCAAUGACGGUGGCCAGAGAAGGUGUGAAGAGAUCCGAAGAAAUGCUGAAAGUCAUUGAGCAGUGCUUCGAGUGCAUCGAAAUCGUUGCUCUGCAGGGCAUCAAUUGGGUCACAAAAACUUCGGCCACUAACUGGAGUGUCGAGCAUCCAUUAUGCGGCAUGGACUUGAUGGUCAUUCUCAGCUUGUGGCUUUACCGUCUCGAGACUGAUGACGAACCGGCAACCGACGAUGAAAUUGCCAUGUAUAACAAGAUUCGGAAUCUUUUCGAUGACGACGCAGUUGAAAUGUAUGGCUCCAAGCUCAGCUCGACAGUCGCUAGAGUCUGGGGUACUAUGCUCGAUGGUGUUGUGGUCUGGGGAAUCUCCAAGCUGAUGGGAGAAUCCUUCAAGCUUCACUCACAGGCCCUGAUUGGCUAUGAGGACGAGAUCAUGCCUGACCCUACCAAUGGAAUGGCGUCGCUCCCUGAUCAAGGUCUCAUGCCGUUAGAGGCUGCUUAUUGA